CCGAACCGCGUGAUCCCUCACUUAUUUGACUUGAGCAAUUCAGCCCCAGGUUUCCACCACGACUACAGUUCACAUGCCUUUCACCACCAGUAUAUCCACCUCGUAGCCCCACAUCUAAUACCCUCAACCAGCCAUGUUCAAGGCACAGGUCUUUCGGAGAGGUUUCUCAAUAUGGAGACGGCGGGUUCCAGAGUCCCAAAUCAUUCGGUCCGCGAUCCGCGAUGGUCAUGAGACGAUACAAAUACAGCGUGUGCGCAUUAAUACGCCUUUGAUCAGUCGAUCACGUAUGAUAGGCACAGUGGUGACGACUAUCGGUACAUAUCAGUUCUUGAGGUGGCUAGAUGACGAUGAGGAAGAGGAGAAGACGGAUACACAGGUCGGGAGACAUCGACAAGGUGGUGCGCAAGUGAAUACAUGGCAGCAAGUCACUGCCGAUACUACAUUCGAAGAAGACGAAGAGGAUGAUGAUGUUCUGCUAUUCCUACCCACGGGACUUUCACGGCCGAAGCCCCGAGAGUAUUACAAAGGCUCAGAUCCCGAAUGGCAGGGGUUCCUAGAGGUUUCGAGGAAUCCGGAACGGGUACGGCAGAUUCGACGGGACUUCACUCGAACCGUCCGCGGCGAGGUAGCGCGUGAUACCCAGUACAAACGGCUGCUGGGCGACAUAGAACAGAACAAGGGCAAUGUUUGGAUCGAUGUCGUCUUCCCAGACGGUCCUCCUCUCGAAUAUGAACGUCCGGGUAUUGAGAUCACAGACAACCUGGAAAUCCGUCGGUCAUUACAACCGGUGCAACAUAUCCAUCAUCACCAGUUGCGGAACACACUUAUGCCCAUCGCCGCGGCAAAUGCUGCGUACAUGGACAUCAAGCGUCGUUUUUGGGUCGCUUGGAUAAAGGUCAGAAGAAGCUUGGGCUACCCUGUGAAACUUGACGUCUCAGACUUUGCAUAUCGACAUGCUUUGAUAAUAUCCCAGCCGACCGCAUCUCCUUCACCGCGGACGACCAGCCAAGUGCCACAACAUGAACCUACGGGACAGUCAUCCACUUUAUCUUCAACAUUCCAACAAGAACCGCAAGGUACAUCAGAUCCUAGUAAAUCCAUUCUGGCACGGUACGCUCCUAAAUUGCGUAUCGAUCGAGAUAUGGUUAUAAGUGGAAAAUUGUUCCGCAGCAUCAUGGAGCAAGCACAUAGUCAACAACAAGAGCCACCGCCGCGUGGUAAUAUCAUUCUCACAGGUAUGGUGGAGGUGGUUGGAAGCCGCGCUACCAUUACCUACAAUGUGAUCGGGCAUUAUGAUGUCAAAACUGGAGAGUUUCAAAAUGUAAAGUAUUUCCACAGGCUUGCUCGAAGUCGUAAGCAGAGUCCACGUGGCGGACCAUAAUAUUCUGCACAAUGGAGCUGGUUGAAUCAUAGAGGAAGCAUUCCGGGCGCUUAGGGAGGUUCAUUGCAUUGCAUCAGCGAGGACGGUAUUUCUAGGGCAUUUUCAGCGUCAUUCGGAUUUUAGGGCUCGAUGGGAGAUUAUUGGUGUUCGGGUCUCGUUGUGAUACAUAUCUUACGCCUUCGUUCAUAAUGAAAUGCUUCGAUUGCCGAUGAUACUUUCAUUCUAAACGGGCCAUCAAACCCCGCAAAUACUGAACAUCCGCUGCUCCAAGUAACAACGCACAAUAGGACGGC